UGAGCUUGCUCUGAAGAAUAAACAAGUUUUCCAUAUUUGGUACUUUCAUGUAUUUGAUAUGUAAAGUUCGCCAUAAAAAUCGUAAAUGCCAAAAUUGGCCAAGAAAACCUGAAAGAAAUUUGAUUUUCCUACAAGAAUGUAGAUAUCGCCGGAUCAUUCCUAUGACCUAUAUAUUAUAUGGAGAUAUGGGAACCUUGCAGUAAAGAUAUAAGUUGUUGGAGAAGUUCGCUUUGUGGCGUUACAGAUUUGAUAACGAAUAAAUAAUACCCUCUAUCAGAGUAUAUAAAUACCACCAAAGAAUAUUUAGAGCAACAAGAAUAUCUAUCAAAACAAUUCAAUUGAAGUACAAUAAAAAAUUACCAUAAAAAUACAAAUCAUUUUUACUCAAAGCAUAUGGAGCAAGAGAUACAAAAGGAGAGAGAACGAGAGAGAGAGAGAGAAGAGAGAAUCCACAUACCACACAGUCAUUUACAACAUUCGAUAUGCCAUUAUUUAAUAGUCUCUGACGAAUUCGUAGAUCCAUAACAAACUCGAGAAGAAACAUCAGAAAUAAAAUGAAACAAUUCAGCUACGACUUAAUAUUCUAUGGUCAAUUAUGGAGCGGCUCAUUUGCAUGAAGAUGGAGGCAAUGUUGACAGCUUAUCGCAGCCUGAGGCCCAGUUGGUAUCUAUUUUUGUGGUUGAUGUGUGCCUCAGCUCUGGUCUUGGGCCACGCUUGGAGAUGCUCGUACAAAGAGUUUCCAGUGGACGACGAACGGAUAAAGAGCACUUGGUGGAUCUUCGCCUCGUAUCCUCAGUCAACCAACAGAUGCUUGUUUGAAGAGCUGGAUCUCUACUGGAGCCGCAUCACCUGGACGGACUACGACAACUUUGCCGUGGAGUUGCAUUGCUCGUUGCCCUGGUUUCGACCGCAAAAGGUGAUUUAUACGCGUGCCAAGGAGCCCAGCGCACAGGUGCUCGAUCAGGUGGAAAACUAUCUGAACAGCGUGGAUUUAUCUUGGCGAGAUUUCCAUUUGGUGAAUAAGUCGAGUUGCCUGAAUCAUACUGGCGAGCCCAUUCAGCGCUGGCAUCUCUCCAAGUAUAUGCAUUUGGACUAUAAUCCGCAUUAUGUGAAGCCCCUGGUAAUAGACAAGAACAUCUGAGCAGCUCUCUCGAACUUUCUUUAACAUCUGGCCAUUUGCAUAAAUGCCAAUUUUACGGGGCCAACCCGAUUAGUUUGUGGCGACUUAUUAAUCAAGCCCAGAGAGCCCACAACUAACGUCCAUGUACACUGAGCAAAAAAUAAAGGAACUUACAAAAAGA